AUGGCGGCGGCACCGCGCAGCGGAGCCCUGCAGCGGCUCGGCGGCGGCAUCGUGGAUGUGCGGCGGUGGCACCUAGCGGCAGCAAGCCUGCUGGCGGCCACGGUGGUCAGCGGAGCGGUACGCCUGGUGCGCGACCUGCGGGACGAGGCGGUACAGCAGAAGCGGCGGCUGCUGUGGAAGAUGGCCAACAGCAGCAGCAGCACGGCCCCCCGAGCGCGGCAGCCCAAAGCGCCUCGCCUGCGCUGCCGGCCCCAACCCCGCGCCACUCCGGCGCCCCACACCUCCUCCCGCUGA